CAGAAGCUCAGCCAUGGUGGACUACAGCGUCUGGGAUCACAUUGAGGUUUCGGACGAUGAGGACGAGACUCACCCCAACAUCGACACUCCCAGCCUCUUCCGAUGGAGGCACCAGGCCCGGGUAGAAAGGAUGGAGCAGUUCCAUAAGGAAAAGGAGGAGGUGGACAAAGGAUACAAGGAGUGCAAGCGGAAGUUAAAUGAUUGUCAGAAGAAGAUGAAAGAACUUGAAUUGGUCAGCACAGAAGGCACAAAAAGUGAGCUGCAACGGCUGCAGACCGAGGCUCAGCAACUCAAGAAAGAAGAAAAGAGCUGGGAAGAGAAAGCAGAGAAUCUCAGGAAGAAGGAAAAGACUAUGCCAUGGAAUGUGGACACUCUCAGCAAAGAUGGUUUCAGUAAGAGUGUCUUCAAUGUCAAGCCAGAGCAACAGGAUGAGGAGUCUGAAGAACAGAAAGAGAAGAAACACAAAACAUUUGUGGAGAAAUAUGAGAAGCAAAUCAAACAUUUUGGAAUGCUGCGGCGCUGGGAUGACAGCCAAAAAUAUCUGUCUGAUAAUCCACAUCUUGUGUGUGAGGAGACAGCCAAUUACUUAGUCAUCUGGUGUAUCGAUCUGGAAGUAGAAGAGAAACAUGGUCUGAUGGAGCAGGUAGCUCACCAGACUAUAGUGAUGCAAUUCAUCCUGGAGCUGGCCAAGAGCCUGAAGGUUGACCCUAGAGCUUGUUUCAGGCAGUUCUUCAUUAAAAUCAAGACUGCUGAUCAACAGUACAUGGAAGGCUUUAAUGAUGAACUGGAAUCGUUCAAGGAGAGGGUGCGAGGCCGAGCUAAAGCACGCAUUGAAAAAGCCAUGAAAGAAUAUGAGGAAGAAGAGCGCCAGAAACGUCUGGGUCCAGGUGGCCUUGAUCCUGUGGAAGUGUAUGAAUCACUCCCAGCUGAACUCCAAAAAUGCUUUGAUGUGAAAGAUGUGUCGAUGCUUCAGGAUGCUAUUAGCAAAAUGGAUCCAGCUGAAGCAAAAUGCCACAUGCAGCGAUGCAUUGAUUCUGGCCUGUGGGUGCCAAAUGCGCGAACAACAGAAGGAGCAGAGAAGAGUGACAAACUGGAAGGUGUCUAUGAAGAGUGCAAGAAGGAGAGCUGUGAGGAAGAAAAAGGAAACCCAUGAAGCUUUGGCCAGAUUAUCUGUAAAGCAGAUAGCCCCUGUCAACCUUUGUCUGUUCUUUCUUUCCUACCAAACCGUUAAGCGAUGAUGUGCUUUACCCACUUAGACACUUCCUAAGUUGUAUGAGCUGCUUCUUGACUGGCUCUUUUGCUCACCACAUCAAAACACCCCCUCCUAAGUCCUGCAGAAUUGCCACCUGUUGAAAAGCAGCAUUUUAGGGGAAGUCAUGCAACACGAUGCAGUUUCACAAGAGAUUGGCAUGGCAGUUCAGCCUUCUCUCUUCCCAGGGCCAUGCCAGUUGGUGUCAUAGUUACAAAUGUGCUGUUAUAUCUGUCUUUUUGUUUGGCAACCAGUUAGGGCUGUUGAGCAAAUAAAAGACUGAAAUAGCUUAAGCUGGAAUGGAA